AACGUCCAGAUACCCAACAAUGGUGCGUCCUACCAACAAUAAAUACCGAUCAGCUUGCUCACUUGUAACUUGCAGUCUAAAACCGCGGAGGCACGAAAGGCGGAAGAGAACGCGAAGGAAGGCGAUUAUGGUAAGAUCUUAUUGAACUAUCUAUCUUAAUUAUCCUCAAUCAAUGUCAUCAAUCAGCCGAUGUUUUCUCCGGCUCCUCGAGAACUUCAGUGCUGACAUGAUCACAUAGGUUCAAUUUUCUCAGUUUCUGGGUGCGUGGAAUGAGAUGGUUUUUGGGAUCAAAGCUACCCCGCAGUGCAUCCGCUGACAAACUGAGUAACUAGGCCAGUCGUGGUGGCAGAGAACAUGAUAGGAUGUGCCAUGUACGAGCUGGUGGGCUUAUUCUAUCGAAAUAACGGUACUUAAGUUUCUACUAACGUUUUUACCUCUAGGUCCGUGUUGGACAUGAUUUGCUAGUUGGGGAGGUCAUUCGAAUAGAAGCCGACAAAGCCACGAUUCAGGUUUACGAGGAAACGGGUUCGGACGCCACAACGCUUCCGGUGCUAUGAUAGGGACUAACUAUGGGGAUACAGCUGGUAUAACUGUUGGGGAUCCAGUAUUGCGCACCGGGAAGCCCCUCUCCGUGGAGCUUGGCCCUGGGUUGAUGGAGACCAUCUACGAUGGGAUUCAACGGCCUCUUAAGACUAUUAACGAGAUUUCGAACAGUAUCUACAUUCCUCGUGGUAUCUCAAUACCUGCUCUGGAUCGUAAGAGAUCGUGGGACUUCAAUCCCGGAGGUCUCAAGGUCGGGGAUCACAUUACGGGAGGAGAUAUCUUCGGGAGUGUCUACGAAAACUCACUUCUUGAUGAUCACAAAAUCCUUCUGCCACCUCGUGCUCGGGGUACCAUCACUCACCUUUCUGAUAAGGGAUCGUACACCUUGGAGGAUACGGUUCUUGAAAUUGAGUUCGAAGGCAAGAGGCACAACUUUACCAUGAUGCAUACUUGGCCUGUGCGAAUGGCUAGACCAGUGUCGGAGAAACUUUCAGCAGAUUACCCACUAUUGACUGGCCAGAGAGUGUUGGAUGCUCUGUUCCCUUGUGUACAAGGUGGCACAACGGCUAUUCCCGGAGCUUUCGGUUGCGGAAAAACCGUUAUUUCCCAGUCUGUAUCGAAAUAUUCCAACACCGACUGUAUCAUCUACGUUGGAUGUGGUGAGCGUGGCAAUGAGAUGGCUGAGGUCUUGAUGGAUUUCCCUGAGGUUGUAGCUGCCUUGAAACUUGUGUCAGGGUCGGAAGCUAAUAGACAAUUAUAGCUUUCUAUUGAGAUUAAUGGUCGUAAAGAGCCCAUCAUGAAACGGACAACACUCGUUGCGAAUACCUCCAAUAUGCCUGUAGCGGCGCGUGAAGCAUCUAUCUAUACCGGAAUCACGCUUGCAGAAUACUUCCGUGAUCAGGGAAAGGAUGUUGCAAUGAUGGCUGACUCGUCUUCCCGCUGGGCCGAAGCCCUUCGUGAGAUUUCUGGUCGCCUCGGGGAAAUGCCGGCUGAUCAAGGUUUCCCCGCUUACCUGGGUGCUAAAUUGGCAAGUUUCUACGAACGUGCUGGAAAGGUUAGAGCUCUUGGUAGCCCCAAUAGGGAGGGAAGUGUUUGUAUUAUUGGUGCUGUCUCUCCUCCCGGUGGUGAUUUCUCUGACCCGGUUACUUCUGCCACCCUUGGUAUUGGUAUGGUUAAAUUUAUCCACCCUGUAAUUUGCAUGUGGAGAAUUCGGACCCCUAAACUAAGUUUAAUUUGUUUCCUAUAGUGCAAGUUUUCUGGGGGCUCGAUAAGAAACUCGCUCAACGCAAGCAUUUCCCAAGCAUCAACACAUCUCUCAGUUACAGCAAAUACGCCAAUGUCCUGGACGGCUAUUACCAAAAGAACUUCUCCGACUUCCCUGUUCUUCGAGACCGGAUCAAACAACUGUAACCCCCCUUCUUUACCGCUUUCGCCAACCCCGCAAAUCUAACAAUCCCUCCAGUCUUUCCGAUAGCGAAGAGCUCGACCAAGUCGUCCAGCUAGUCGGAAAAUCCGCCCUCUCAGACCCUGACAAGAUCACCCUAGACGUAAGCUCCCUGAUCAAGGAAGACUUUCUCCAGCAGAACGGAUAUUCCAAGCACGAUCAGUAUUGUCCUAUCUGGAAGACACUCUGGAUGAUGAAGGCCAUGAUGGGCUUUUACGAUGAGUCUCAGAAGGCAGUUCAGUCUGGUGUCAGCUGGGCCAAGAUCAGGGAAGCGACGUCAGACAUACAACACCAGCUUCGGUCUAUGAAGUUUGAGGUAACCAGUCUUUUUUUUUUUGUACUAUUGAUUGAUUGAAAUAAAAGAAGCGAAUGCUGACUAGAAUAUGUAGAUUCCCGACGAUGGCGAAGAGGUCAUUGUAGGAAGGUACGAGAGGCUAUACAACGACAUGAUGGAGAAGUUUGCUAGCGUUUUGGAUGAUUAGGCUUGUCGGAAAAUUCCUUUCUACGAAGAUCGCUUUUGUAUCUACUCUCCCCGCCUUCCUUGUCUCUCUUUCUUGUUUUUUGUCUUUUUUUGCUCCCCCACCUUGGCGUAGUCAGGUGUUUCUUUUGAGGGAGAAAUCCUCGUUUUCCCCUUGUUUUGCUUGUGCGUGAACGCUGAAUCAUUGUGCGCACUAUAUGAAAUGAAGAAGGGAGUUUCCUUUUGGGCAGAAUCGUAUUGCGAUCCGUCGGUUUGGGAUGGUGCUUGAUGACGCAGUGGGUGCACCCCAAAGGGUUGAUUUCGGUAUCACGCCGGCCCCGGGAUUGAGCACGAUACCACCCGGGCCCAGACAGGGUGGCUAAGAAUAUUUGUUUAUUUGCUAUUGUAAAGUCGACAAGGUCGACAGUAGUGAACAUGGACA